AUGGAACUGGGUCAUUCUCCAAGAUCUCAUUAUGUGAAAAGUACAGGACAUGUGUCAAAACUCACAAAGGAAGAUAAUGUUCGAAUGUUGCACGCUGAACUACGAAAGAAGAAAAAAGAUGCUAACAUUGGUAAAGCAUGUUUAGCUGAGAAAUACAAAACUGCCAAGUUGCUGAGCACCCGCUCGAACUGGUUGACACCACUCAAAAGGAGGAUAACUCUGCGAAGAAUAAUGUUCUGGAUGAAACUGUCAGGUGCAACCCUGUUGCUCAACAGAGACCACUGA